GAUAGAUCGCGACAACCACCUCCACCACUGACUGCAGCUCCCUCAAUGCGCGCUCGCAUCUAACCCAAACAAACCUCCCAUCUCAAUUUCCACAGAGCCUACACUUCCUCGCGACCGCAAGUCGUCGCCCACCACCACAAUGACCGAACCCGCCGCUGCAACCCCGGCCGCAUCAACCGCCCCAGCACCAGCAACAACCACCACCAGCACAGCAGGCCCAACUUCCACCACGACCACCAACUCCACAGCACCCAAUCCCACGCCAAACAACAGCAAUGCCAACAAUAACUCCAACAACACAACAUCAACCAGCACCUCCAACCCCAACCCCAACCAAUCCGCUGACUCCUCCGCUUCGUCUACCGCGAACCGCGGCCUUCCCUACUACGAGAAACUCCGCCGCGAACUCCGCGAUACUCUCCAGAAGAAGCGUCUAAUGGACAAGAGCAUGGCCCAACUUGAAGACCAAAUCUACCGUUUCGAACAAUCUUACCUCGAAGAAACCACCGCCGGAAACAUUAUCAAAGGCUUCGACAACUAUAUCAAGGGCUCAUCCAGCGGCGCAGGGAUCGGCGGAGCGGGCAUUGCGCUCUCUUCAAGUAUGAGUGGUGGUGGAGGUGCAGCAAGACGAAAGGCGACGGUGUCGGACGCGGAUCGUGUGUUCUCGAGGAGUUCGGCGAGUUUUAUGCGGGAUUCACCUGCACCUUCAUCGGCUCAAACGACGCCGUCGCAUGCCGCGACUCCGAACUCGACGUAUAAUGGGUCUACCGGCAAGCCUGGGAAUGGGGAUGCGUCGUCUGCGGCGAAUAGUGUGAAGGGGGGACAGGCGUCGAAGAAUAAGAAGAAGUCUGCGGCGAGUAACAAGGAUAAGGGGGAUGAUGAUGGGACAGAUGGGGAUAGGCCGCCUACGAAGAGGUUGAAGAUUACUUAUGGGAGGGAUUGAUAUAUCAGGUUAUUUUACUUCGUCUGGUUUCAUGUGGAUUGAUUGGUUGGAGUUGGUAGGUUUAUAUUUGGGUUGGAUAGGGAGCUGUGGCGCGCGGGAAACUACUGAUUAU